AUGUCUACCAAAGCAGCUACAAAGAAGAUUGUCGUCGCUGGCGGCAAUGGAUUUCUUGGUACGCAAGCCUCAAUUCAAUCCAUCCUGCUCUUCUUCAAGCUAACACUCGGCUCCCANGGAAGCCGCAUCUGCAAAGCAGCAGCCGCACGAGGCUGGCAAGUAACCUCCAUCUCGCGCUCCGGCGAACCCACCUGGUCCUCCGUAACCUCUUCNCCCGUCGCACCAACCUGGUCCUCCGACGUCAACUGGGUCAGCGCCAACAUUCUCCAACCCUCCACCUACAAGCACCACCUCGAAAACGCCGAUUCCGUCGUCCACAGCAUGGGAAUCUUGUUAGAAGCCGACUACAAAGGCGUGCUAACCGGCAAAGAACCCAUCAUCGGCGGUUUGCAAAAGGCAUUCAGCAGCACAAAGCAAGGCACCCAAAACCCUUUGGAGAGAAAAGAAAGCAGUGAUGUGGAGCCCCAACAUGAAGGCGGGCAGAUCACGUAUGAGGUUAUGAAUAGGGAUUCGGCGAUUUUGUUGGCUAAGGAGGCUUCGGCUGCUGGUGCUGCGUCCAUGGCGUAUAUUUCUGCUGCUGGCGGUGCGCCUAUCCUGCCUGCGAGGUACAUCAAGACCAAGCGCGAAGCUGAAGAGUCGAUUGCUUCCAACUUCCCGGCUAUGAGGAGUGUGUUUAUUCGUCCUGGUUUCUUGUACGAUGCGUCGCGGACUUUUACAGUUCCUAUGGCUGGAUUGACAUUCAUGGGUGCCAUGGCCAAUUCAUUGGUGGGUGGACGUUUGACUUGGUUGAUGGGUGCUGGUGGUGUUGAGCCAUUAAAGGCAGAUCUGGUCGCCGAGGCUGUUGUCGAAGCUUUGGCUGAUGAGCAGUUGAAGGGCCCUGUUGAAGUCAAGACAAUCAAGGAGCUCGCUACUCGUGCCUGGAGAAGAGGCAUGCUCUAA